GUUGACACCUUGUUGCUUUUCUUCUACGACUAUAUUUCCGACUUUCAUAAUUUCGCUAGCGAUAAGGAACUAUCAAUGACAUAUGAUCUUACAACAAAAAAAUGUGUACCUAUUGACUCUUAAUCGUAGCUUCCGAAGUAAGGCUGGAGUUCACUCGCCCGGAUGAAGUUUGAAACCUCUUGAUCCCACAGGAAUUUCUUAACGACGAAAAUUUCCUACCUCUUUCAUGUGCUGACAAAACAGCAAAAAACAACUGUGAAUAAACGUGCGAGCUUUCUCCCUUGUUUGCUCAGUCGCACGCAUCGCUAGCGACGGGGACGACGUUUCCAUCGCAGUUUUUAGUGCGGUGUGGUCGAUUUGACAGGCUUUACGAAGUGCGCAUAGCUAUAGCAGAAGAAGGAGAAACGAACGGAGAAAAAGACUAACAGGAGCAUAUUAUAGUACCAAUACGGGGAACAAAAGUAGCGUUGGUGAAAAAACUAUCUGUAGCAGUUCGACAGAGGUUAUUGGAUGAAAAACGGCUAAAAUAAGUGGUUCUUGUGAAUGUCGUAAGGGGAAGAACAACGCAUCAGGGUGUCGUUGUCGUGGCCGUUCGGGCGCCGAGACGCCCGCCAUCAACCCUUGGUCGAGCGAGAGUUGGUCCCAACAGCCGACCUGGAUUUACCUGCAACUGGAACUCCCUCAGAACAAGCAGGAGAAGCUGGGUCAGAGCGCUUUUCUUUCAACGGCGGAGCUGCGUCUGUGGUUGGUGGCGGCUACGUUGCUGCCUCAGGGUCCCCUUCAAACGACGAACCUUCAACAUCGGGUGGCGUAGCUUUAGCGGAACCUGGAGGAACGCCUUAUCGAGAAUUGAGGGACGACCAACUUUUGACGAGAGGACAUGUUCAAGGACUACAGCAUCAGCGACAGCAUCAUCAAGGUUCGUUUUCGGCUUCAUCAGACAACGCCACACCUUUCGGAAGACUGGAAAUGACGUCUGCAACCGCCGGCGAUCAACUGCUUAAACCCUACACUUAAGUCUCUCCCUUGUACUGCAUCUUUGGCUGCAUCCCUGCAAAAAAGUAUUCCACUCGAAUAGUACCACGAGGAUAUUCCACUCGAAUACUACUAGGAUGCAACUAAAAGUAAAAGAUGAGUUAUACUGGACAGCGCUAAUGUACAGGGGUUGAGCCAUGUCCAGCUCCUCGCGAGACGGUCGUUGACCCUGUAGCAUUGCAGAGGCAGCGGAGAAUUCAGAACUAUGUGGGAUUCGGAAUUCUCGCUCUUGCGUACUGCUUCAUAUAUCCGGGACUCUUCUGGCCGACCUGCCAUGUGCACACAGGGUUAUUCAGCACCGAAAGUACUAAUUGAAUCUGACCGACAUGAAAGACGCUCACGGAUUAUUUGAGUCACUUCGUGUUGUAACUCCUCUAGAUUAGGUUGACUACAACUACUAUUACGACAACUACCCGAAUGAAUUCCGGGAUAAAGGAACCACUUAUGUACGGAGGGAGAUGAGGAUGUCUAUUAUACCCCUUGACGCAUGCUUCCUUGUACUUCAGUAGUUCUGAUUCCCCUUUUUGUUCAGCGUCGAUGACCCGUUCGACGAUCGAGCUGGUGAAAUUUUUGUGGCAGCAAGGGCCUGCUUAUUAUCCCCCGGCAUUCCUGCUGUCGUUGUUUUCGGUGUCGCUACCAUUUAUCAAGGGUGGACUCAUUUGCUGGGGAGCUUACUUCGGGAACGGAAAACUCCUAUGGUUUGUGGCGAGACUCUCCAAAUUUCAAUUCGUCGACACUUUUUCCACGCUUCUGAGCUACGUCUACCUCAAUCUUCCAGUUAUCACGACAGAACUUCUGGUACCGCGAUAUAAGUACAUGAUUAGUGCGCAACCGAGUGAGGGAUUAUUCGCUGUAUACAACAAGAGAAGCCGUUUUUCAGUCUGUAAAUUAUGUCGUGGGACUAUCUUCGAUUUCAAUCUGGAUGAAAGAAGACGAAUUUUAUCUUCCCUCAUUCUCAACAGAGCGGCGUUUACUACUUUAGUGGAUACUGCAUCCUUUCGGUGAUCGGAACGCAGAUAAUAUGCUACGGGUACGAUACCGGACGAGAGAAGUCAGUUCAAUCAAUCUGGCUGCCUGUGGCGAUUAUUCAAGUUGUUUCGCUCGUUGUGUUGUUUUUUUCGUCUCCGAUUCUGGGCGUGUACGCGAUUAUAUUCGGCUCGGUCCGCAUCAUCGGAACGCGUGCUACGCUGCACGAGACGCUACUGGCGUUGAAUCCGGUAUAAGCAUGCUGUUGAAGGAAAUCGAAUACGAGGACCUGACACACGAGAUUAGAUUUCAGAAGUGCUUGAUAUUUUUACAAAUACUCCCCACAGAUCUGCCGAUACUUGAUGGUGAUAACCAUCUGCAUCAUGCCGAUGAUUACCUAUGUCCUGCUUCCGAUCCUGAUCCGAUUUUUUGCAGACAAGCGAGGCAUGAUCGGUCGCAACAUCCCGUCGAAACGCGGCCUCUUCAAAAUAAUGGAUGUAUUUUGCCUAGAUGUUUGCGUCGUAAUAUAUCUUUUAUGGUUUUAUACGACAUGAACAUGUAAAGUAGAAGAGUUAUUUUCAUCUGACCGUUUUGUUGUUCUUCGGCUUUUUACGUAACAAGUAGGUAGUAAGUAUGUUUCAAUGAAUUGAAUUGCUUCUCCUAAGUAUGAUCGAAAAUCCAGUUCUGCCACGACUGGGCGAUGGGGGACGUCUUGCUGAUUGCCUACUUAGUCGCCUGGAUGUCCUUUAAUGCUUCGGAUGAAACAGGAACCCAGGCCCUUCCAGCAGGUAUAACACGUGGUUGUAACUUUAUUUUCUAGCCUUCGUGUGUGGAUGUCUAUGUGUUUCUUUUGUUGCGUAAAUUAUUUGAUAAUCGUUAAAAAUUGGCUCUCAUCUAUCAUCUCUAAUAUAUACUACAAAUAUAACUCUUACAACAUCUUCUUCUAGCUCAUCGGUUCUCAGGUAGCUAUUGCGUGUGCUUAUAUGGCCUUUCGGGACUUUUCAUGAUGAUGUUUUACGAGUACAAUGCCAAGGUGCUUAAUGAGCGCGGAAGGCGACUGACAGUGGUAGAGGGCGCAGUAUCGAUAGAAGAGCAGAGCACAGCUGCGUCCAUCUCUGCGACUUCUGAGGUAAACGCUUGUGAUGUGAAACAAUAAUGCUGUAGAAGACACGCUAAGUCCUUUUAUACUUCAACCCAGAAGCAAGGAGUUAUCGUGACUAGAUUCGUUGCCGAACAAGAAACAACACAAGGACAUUCAUUUUCUCUUCCUUCCACGCCUACACUAGGAACUGGAGUCGCAGCGUAGUUCAAUCGUCUCAGACGACACAGUAUCAGUGCCAUCAAGUCGAACGCAGUCCGCGCUAGAAGUGAUGCUCAACCCGCAAACCUGGCUGAGUAUUCACAUUCGAUAUGCAGUGUUGCUUGGAAUUUUUCUAGUUCUAUGAACAAAUUAUAACAAUCUAAUAGGUGGAUUUCUUGAAGGACAACACAUAGGAUGUCUUUAGAAGACUUGUUACUUUUUACUUGUUAUCUCCGGGCCAUUGCUUAUCGCCUCAGAUGAUCAUGGGACGAGACAGAAAGUAGUUGUGCUUGAGUAUCUUAUGAAACGUACUAGGUUACGGAUAAGGGUCGAGAGACAGAGAUGUACCUCUUUCAUACCUUGUGCCGCUGAUCAUCUUGAACGUCCUGGAAGCAACGGAGAAGCCACCAGUGCCCGAUUUGCCAUGGGUGAACGACGCAAUUGCAAAAUCGCCUCUCUUUAAGCAAGCGAACGAGAAAAUCGCCAGUCGGGAGCUACUUUUAUGUUGAUGCUGGGUCAAACAGGUCCUUCUUGAGUAAUAUAAGUACUUACGUAAUAGAUUUGCGUGGAGUAAGAGUAGUCACAAUUGUGCUUGAGAUAAGGACGCAAGCACUUAUCACUUCAACAGGCUCGAUAUGAAACCCGUGGGACGUCUGAAGUCUCUAAUAGUCUCUUCCAUAGCGUGUUGCAAUGACACGAGCAGCUUGUGCUCAGGCGAUAAAGCGCCGCCGGAACCGUGUCAGCCGCUCAGCUCUGGUAAUCCCGCGGCUCCGCUGACCGUGAUAGAUCAAGACCAUAUCAAGGCAACAGCAAGGUGGAUCACAGGCCUCGAAAACUUGAGGCUUGACAGUCUGAAACUUAUUCCAUACGAAGAGGAUGAUUCUGGAGCCGAGAAGAUACCACGAUUCAAACUUCAGGUACAACUAGGGUUCUUAAAGGCUGCUUUCCUUCGAGUAUAGAUAUACAAGUACAACAAUCGCUCAUGUCAUGACUAAGACUAUCUUCAGGGAGCUUUUUUGGUCCUGCAUGCUAUCGACAAUUGCAUAUGAUUAUAGAGCAUUGAUGGCUACUAGUGUUGACCUGUGCUCGUUGAUUUCGUAUUAAAGAAUGUUUGUAUUUCUAUUUUUUUCUUACUUCGACAGCUUGCUGCCCACCUGGAGCCUUCGAAGAUGCACAAAGAGCUUACCCUGCCCUUAUCGCUGCUGAUCGAAACGACAGCGGUUUCCUCUAUCACCUGGUUUGACAAUACGGAUGCGUGCUGUGGGCCCAAGAAUCUCGGAAUAGAGCUAGUCGCGGAAUGUCAUUCUGAAUAUCCGUAUAUACGAAACCUGUCAACGGGGAAUAUAACAAUCACGCCAAAAAUUGAGAUAUCAGAAUCGAUCCUGGGCUUUCGCAUCGACGUCAUGGAUAUCACGCAGGAUAUCAAGAAACAAAUCAAAGAUAACCUCAACAGCCUUUAUGGAGUGUUCUUCCUGCCGCUUUUGUCAUUUCUCAAUACCAACUGUGUACUUGCCCGAAUAAAGGUAAUCUACUCAAUACUAGCCGACCACUUAUUGGGUUGAUGAUCCUGAUUAGUGUUCGGCAUGGAAAAUCUUUCGGAUUUCCCAUUCCCCACAUUGUUAACAAUAGAACAAUAGAGUUAAUUCAAAUUAUUUUCAAUCUGAAAUUUUCUAAUUUCCUGUGCAGACGGUAUCCUUUCCGAUUGGUCCGACUGAUUACAAUGUGACCAGCCUGAUCAACACGAUUAUUGAGUCCAACAUGAUGCCGGGGGAUCUUCUUGAUUGCCCGCGAGCUGCAAAAAGCGGUAAGACGCGACAGAUGGGUGUGCUUCGGCGGACAGAGAACGCCUACUUUUCACCACUGUUAUGAUGUUGUUGUUGGUUUCAUCUAUUUGGUGAUUGUCUAUGUUUUGGGUGUCUAAUCAUUGUUUGUUAUAUGCUAUGUGUAACGGGUAAUAGAUUUUGGUUGAUAGCAAUGUAGGAAGAUCCGAUGGAAAAUUAUAGAGAAAUGUUGCUAACAGGGAGCAUGUGGUCUAGCAUUGAAGACGCACCUCUGAAGGACAGCGAAGCGAGCAGCCUUGUAGCUAAAGGAGCUGAAGAGACAUCGAGUGCGCUCAAGGAAGAUCUGAGCUACCUGUACCCGACCGCCACUUCGUACGAUAACAGCACCGUCAUCAUGCGCAGUCGGUGGCCAAGGCCAGGUCGGGGUCGUAAGAGGCGUAUGGAGAACAACUGGAGGAGGUGGACGAGGAGUACAGCGUGGGAAGCGGCUGCUCAGAGAGUUUCAUAUCGAGAUGAAGGCGAGGAUGAGCUGUAUGUAUGAAAAGUUCUUGUCAACGUGACUACACGGCGAUUCCGAGCAUACGCUUUGUGAAAAAAUUUUCCCUCCAGACACUGUAAAACGGCUCCCAAGUCAGAUUUCAUGGUCAAUUAUGUGUCAUAUCGCACGUUGACGUUCGCGAGCGUUCUUUUAUGUUAAGCAUAUUUUACGCUCCCGAAGUUCAAAACGCAGAUUCCUUAGACCUGCAUAUUCCUAACCAAAGAGACUAUCCUCAAAGUGUACGAAAAGAUAUGGUGUAGUGACAGACCAUAGCAAGUAUUCGAACGAAUCACGCUAGUCGGGUCGUGCAUCAU